AUGGCAACGCCUAUCGAGGAGAUCUUUCAUAUCCAUGAGCUGUUCACAUUGCUCAAAGCCAAGCUGCCUGAAGACACCACAGACGCCAUCGUCAUGGAACUGGCUAAGCAACAGCUAUCAGACAACAAAGAUGCACGCACAGCUGCAGCCAUAGCAGCUGUGGCAGCAGCUACCCCUCCCCCUCCUCCGCCAUCGCCUCCUAAGGAGGACUGCCUAAUACCACCAACCGUAAGGGACGGCUUCAAGGAGGUAGCCAAGUUACAUCGCGAGAACUGGCACUCUUGGAAAAGCGACAUCAUCUCGCAAUGCGACGCCCUCCCAGAAGCCCAAACCCUACUAUUUGACGAAGAAGAGCCCAGCGAAUGGACGCCACACCUCGAGAAGCUCAACCUACUACUGUCAGGCAUGAUCCAAAGGACAAUAGACAAGGAAACAACCAAGAGCAUUCGCUCAAUCGUAGCAUCGCACAAAGGGAAGGGAGCAAGAUCACUAGUCAAGCACCUCGAGAAGGAGAUCUGCACUGCUGAUAAUCUUCGCAGAGGCCUCGUACGACAAAAGCUGAUGGGAGUCAGAGUCUACGAUAACAACGUCGGCCCAGCCAUCACCAAACUCGAAGAGAUCCAACAAGAGUCUGAAGACUACGGCUCGAGAAUGGCAGACGGCGAAAUGAUCAACAAAUUGCAGCAGAUCACUUACUACAACGCCGAACUCAAGAGCGUUUGGCAUCAGCUCAGCAUGAUGGGGCUAGACUCCAACUGGGAAGACGUCAAGAUCCAAUUCCGCAAGAAAGAGGCCCUAGACAAAGCCCAUAAUAAGCCUAACCCGCAGCCAAGACCAGCUGCACUGACUGCUGCAACUUUGGCUGCCAACAACGCUGCCAACGGCAGACCUCCCGUCCCUCAAUCGACCGCUCCUAGUACCAUCACUUCUGCAACCACUCGAGCAAGGCCACCCACCACCAUCCUGAACCCUAACAGCCCAAGCUACCUAGCAGGCAGACCCGGCGCCGACGGCAGCCCAGCAAGAUGUUACGGAUGCAACGACAUUGGGCACAUCAAGAUCAACUGCCCCAAUCGCAACCCAACAGCAAUGGCAGCCCAGAGCGAAGCAGCAUCCAUCUCCCCUUCACAGAGCGCAUCCCAGGUCAUUGAGAGAACCUCGCUCGCCACUGCCCCCGCCAUCGAAUAG